UAUUCUCGCGAGAGCUGUACCGUACUGUUCGCUUGCGAGCUAAACCUCUCAACGUUUCCAGGUUUCGUGUCGACCUGAAAACAUCCAACGAAGGCAGACACAGAACGGCAUCGCAACGGAGUGUUUGUUUUUUAAAUCUAGGCUGCAAAGAAGACCACAAAAAUAAUGCCGCACAAUUUUCAGCCCGGAGACCUGGUAUUCGCUAAAAUGAAGGGCUACCCCCACUGGCCAGCCAGGAUCGAGGAUGUGGCUGAUGGAGCAGUGAAACCACCUCCGAACAAAAUACCGAUUUUCUUCUUUGGGACACAUGAAACGGCAUUCCUUGCACCUAAGGACCUUUUUGCUUUUGAAAAGUACAAAGAUCGCUAUGGAAAGCCCAACAAACGGAAGGGAUUCAACGAAGGUUUAUGGGAGAUCCAGAACAAUCCACAUGCGUCCUACAGUGCCCCACCUGUGCCAGUCAGUUCAUCUGACAGUGAAGCCAAUAAUGCUGGAGGCGGAAGUGAGGAUGAAGAUGAUGAAGUUGUGGUGCCUCAGAAAGCAGAUUCAUGUAGUGAAGUCGACUCUGAUUCUGGGAGUGAAGACCGAGGAAGGGGUGGAGGAGUGAAGCGGAAGCCACCAGCUGCAAAGCGGCCUCCUCCUCCAAAAAAAGCUCGGGGUUCAUCCAGCGAUCGAGAUGAAGAAGAGAGUGGCUCACCGUCUGGGUCGGAACCCACUCCCUCAGAGUCUGACUCUGGCAAGGACAGUGACCAGGAUUUCACUCCAGAGAAGAAAUCAGCUGGGAGAGGUGUAAAGAAAGCAGGAGGAAGAGUGAAGAAGAAGAAGGGUUCUUCUGACUCGGACUCAGACUCAGGAUCUCAAUCAGAGAAGAAAGGAGACGACAGUGACUCAGAAGACCAUAAGCCUCGGCCGGCCAUUUCUGGCUCAGAAUCCCAGUCUGGCUCAAAGUCUGAAUCAGACUCUGAUCCUCCUCCCCGCAAAGGCCCACAGGCACGCAAGAAAGAGAAGCCCGCCCCAAAACCUCGCGCACGUAAACCCAAACCUGCACCAGUGAAACGAGCCCCUUCAUCAUCCUCAGACAGCGACAGUGACAGUGAACCCGACCGCAUCAGCGAAUGGAAGAAACGAGAUGAGGAGCGCAGACGAGCGCUAGAGGAGCGCAGGAAAAAGGAGGAGGCAGAGGAGCUACGGCGGCUACGUGAGCGGGAGAAGGAGGAAGAGGAGAAGAAGAAAAAGGAGAAAGAGAGGGUUAAAAAGAGGAGCGACAGUGACAGCAACAGUAGUUCAGAUGAAGGUGUAGAUGAUCACCCAUUGAAGAAAUCUAAGAAACCCCCUCCACCACCAAUUCCUGCACCCUCAGACUCUGAUUCUCCACCUCCUGUUGAGGUCAAAAAACCAUCCAAGAGAUCGGACAACCAGAAAAAGGCAAGAGGGAAGAAAGAGGACCGAAAGCAAAGAAAGGAGAAAGAGCUCAAAGAAAAAAAAGCACGACAGUCACAAGAAAGGUCAAGAGCAAGGUCAAAGCCUGAAACCAUCAGACGCAGACCAGAAAGGCUCGCAGAGAAGAAAGUAGAGAAGAAAAAGGAGCCUUCGCCAGAAGAAAGGUUACAGAAACUCCAUACAGAUAUAAAAUUUGCACUCAAAGUGGACAACCCAGACAUAGAACGAUGUCUACAAGCCUUAGGAGAGCUCGAAGCUGUGCCUGUUACCAGCCAUAUCCUUCAAAAGAAUGCUGAAGUUAUUGCCACAUUGAAAAAGAUUCGGCGGUACAAGGCCAGCACUGCAGUCAUGGAAAAAGCCAGUGAUGUCUAUAAUAAGUUAAAACUUCGCUUUGUGGGAAAAACUGAAGUGAUCGUGAAACCUAAAACAGAGAACACAGAAGAUAAUGGAAAAGAGACACAAAACACAGAAUCCAUUCCAGUGAAUGGGGAAUCUGAACAAAAGAAAGAUGAUGUCGAAAUACAUGAGAAGCCAAAGUCACCCACCAUGGAAGAGAGUAAUGAGCACAUCAGUUCAAGUCCAACCAGGCGGAGCCCAGACAGCGCUGGUGAACAACACACACGCACAUACGAUGAAGCAGAUCACUCUGUUUCUGCAGAGAUGGAAUCUUCUCCUGUAGAAAGCUGAAUCUCCCCCAAGGACCACUUCAGUGGACCAAGUGCUAAAGGAUGGUGGCCUUUUUGUUUGAGUUCAUUCAGUGAGCACUGACCCCGCAGCAGUACAACACACACUCGACACUUUCUGUACUAUCUGUGAUAAUGGUAAUAAAAUUGUACCAUAAUGAUAUCAAACAGAAGGCCUUGUCAAUUAAAAUGUCCAGUCCAUUAUUUAUCACAACAGAAAGGAAAGCUUGUUCGUGUGACAGUUUGUGGAGCUGCACAAACCUCUUGGUGUCUGAAAUAUAAUUUUGUCUUUUAUACAACGCUCUGCCCGCCCCACAUCCAAAAUCCCAAACCCCUGCUCUGACCCACCCUGCCCUUUCUGCUAUAUGAACCCCUGUUUUGGUUUUUCAUACGAUAUGUAUAUUACAUAAAUAAAUUUUUAGCACUUCUACCAGGAAUUUGGAGCGGGGAAGUAGAAGAUGGAACUUUAUCUUUGUAAGGAAACUUGGCUCAUGCUGUUAAUGUUUCGCAUUGAAGAGUUUGCGCAGCCCUAUAAAUGUUGACUUUUUUCUUUUUUAUAUAUAUAAAUCUGCAAAUGUCACAAAGGCCUGCCAUCUGCGUGUGCAUAACAUGAGUGCAACAGUAUUAGUGAUCCUCUGGUGUUAAGAUGUUUUUUGUUAAUUAUCUGUGUAGAGCCAGCCUGAUAUGUUAAGACAUGAAAUCUGAGUUCAUUUUCAAGCUGAGGUUCACUUUUUUCUUUUGUUGUUGUUGUUUUUCCCCUAAUAGCCGUGUUUGGAGAUAUUUCAAUCUACAGUUUUGUCUGCAGUCGUCAAUACUGUGGAACACUUCAUGACAUCAUCUCCACACAGUGUUGCCUGCAUAAUAAAUGGUAUACUGUGCACACAUUAAAAAUGUCCUACUUUUUAAAUUGUACAAAACCUCAUUCAGAUCCCAUGCAACUGCAGCCUAUUUUGACAUUUUUCUUUUGUAUGUUGACAGCAGUCGGCAGUUUUAAGUAAGUUGGUGAAGCUAUCUCUUAGUUGAGACUUGAAUAAAAAAAUGUAUAUACAU